AUGCUACUGCCUAUCUAUAAUACGUUUUUGGACGACCUGAUCCCUGUUAUUAACGGUGGGAUAUGCUUAGUGGCGUGCAAAAUCAAGCAAGCUACACCCUUUCUACGACUACGUGAGAACGGGUUAAUCUUGGGCCAAACAGACUUCGCAUCAAAGCUGCUUGCUGGUCUCGACGCGGCGAUGAAGGCGGAUCUUGAACCCGACCGAGUGACCAAGAUCCAAAUCUUGGCGUUGAUGCAUUUACACAACGAUGGGCUUGGAGGAGUGGACCGUUCCUCAAGCUAUUUAUCUCAAGCCAUAUGUGAAGCUUGGUCAAUCUCGCUUCACGUAAAUGUCCCAUUCAACGCUGACCAAGAGCAAUGCGACCUACUGUGGUGGGUGUUGAGGAAUUUCGACCGACUCAAUAAACCGGUCAUGGGUGCUGCUCCUUUCAUCAUUGACGAUACCGAUAUCGGGAUUAGCCGCACCAUCCCCCGGCAAGAGAAUUACAGAUCACAGCUUAUGGCAAUUUCUCUACGGCUAGGAGAUUUGAUGAUGAAGUCGACUCGGGUCUACAAAGCAAGCUCUAAAGCCACUGCCGAUGACAGCGAUGAUUUUCCGACUUUAGCAGAACUGACAGCGGAUAUAUCUCUAGAUCGGUUUGAAAAGUCACACAGAUCUUACCUCCACAUAUGGUAUCAUGUUGCCGCAAUGCUUUCGUGUCGAUAUAGUGGACCGGGAAGCAUCCAGUACAUGCGACGUCUGGCAUCCGCGGAUUGUGUACUCGGAAUCAUCACACAAGAAACGCCCGAUGGUCUACCGCCGCUCCCACUGGUGCCUUAUGCAAUGUCAAUGUCUACUACGGUCAUCUACCGGGCUUUACGAGACGGUGAGCGUUUGCUGGAACUAGCGUAUAAUGACCUUGAGGCUUGUUCCAAAAACCUAGAGGCUCUCAGUCUGGUAUGGACUAGUGCAAAAGGCGUUGCAAAACUCGUUAAAAGACUACGUCGGUUCACAGGCCCAGACUUGUUCUAUAAGCGCUCGCUCGAUGAUACCGACUGUACUUGCAGAAACCCAGAACCAGAAUCAGAGGAUCAGGUUCCCGGCGACAGUUGCAAUGGUGUAGCUAAUUUACGUCAAGAGGUGGAAUCCGACGGUUUUCAACACCCAAAUCAUUCUCUUUCCAGCCCGGUUCGGGCUCGAGAUGGUUUAGGAGAAGAUCCAGUUGAAAUCCCGGCUGUGCAAACUCAAUAUAACGCGACUUGGGUCGGAACUGAAUUAUUUUACACGGAUAUCGAUCGGGCAUUUUACGACUUCUUCGAUUACGGAAUGCCUAGCAUAUUUCGCGAUUCAGCUACACUAGAAGUUCUACAUGUAGACGAUGACCAGAGCGUCUCGCCUUUCCAGCAGUAG